CUUUGAAAUAUACGCUCAGGAAAAACCGACUAUAGCGCCCAGCAUGGUACGUUGCAGAAUCUUUAAGCUUCUCAUCUUUUUGCUGGCUUUAGCAAUAGCUCUAACGAUGGCAGAGGACAGUUCGAAUAAAUCGGCUGAGCGGAAAGAUGUGAUGCGAACCGCCCGAUGUGAGCACCACGAUCACGACGAAAAACCUCCAUCGAAAUGGCUAGCAAAGUUCAAAAAAACAAAACACUACGGCCCAUCGAAAUCCCAGCACCGACAAAAGACUCACUACGGACAACCUCAAGCACAUAUUCGACCGCCACCGCAAUACGUACGGACUCAGACGAAUUACAACAACAUUCCGUCGUUCCAUCCACCAGCUAUACCUCCACCGACAUCUUACCCUCAAUUGCCCAGCAAUCCCAAUAAUUUUUUACCACAGCAUUCUUAUUCUCCCGUGCUGAUUUAUAGUUCGCCCCCACAAGUUCAAAGUUUCAAUCAUCCAGCACACCUUCCACUUGCCCCAACCGAAGCACCUCCUUAUCCUCAAGAUCCGGAAGAUGUUGAAGGCUACAGUCUUCAUGCACUUGUUCAUAACCCGCUAGUUCCUCAUUCACAAGUUCCGGUAUCCCCCGUGAACCUUUACGGUUAUCCUUCACAAGAGCAGAAUUUCAAUCGUCCGGCACAGCACUCUCUACUUGUCUCCACCGAAGCACCGAUUCUUUUUACCUAUUACAGUAACGCUCCCUCUCAUCAAGAUCUUGGAGAUCCCAAAGAUUAUGGUUCUCCAACACCUGUUAAUAAUAACCCAACGGUUCCGUUAUCUUCCGUGACAAUUACUCAUGAUGGCUAUCCUUCACAAGCGCAAAAUUUUAAUCUCCCGCCAGACUCUUUCACAGAAGCACCGGUUCCUUCUACUCACACUAAUACUCCUUAUCGUCAAGAUCCUGUUGACCCGCAAAUUCCUACAGUGUCUGUUAAUAAUCCAUCAACUUCUUAUUCUCCAUCACAAGUCCCGGUGUCGCCAGCGUCGUAUGUUCCACCUUCACCCAAUCACUUGGAGAUUCGGGAUCCUGAUCCUUCGGCGAUCACACCUGUUUCCACCGAAGCAACAGUCAAUCAAACUUCUUAUAACCAUCCUUAUAGUCUUCCAACAACGACCCCUAACUCGCAGGAUGCUGCUAAAACAGAGAAGGUCCCUUACGUUCCUUCACGACGUCCGAGUCGCCGUCCAUCAAAGGCCCCAACUUACGCUCCUUCAACCUAUUCCUCACCUGUCACUACUGAAAGGACGGCUUACACUUUUCCUUCGUACAGUGAUUUUGAAAAUCCUUCUGUUAGCAGUACGCCAGCCUUUUAUUAUCCAUCGCCAGCUACUACAAGCUACGAUCCUUCAACUUAUUCUCCACCUGUCACUGAAGCCCCGGCCUAUUUCCCUCCUUACUUUGGUGAUGAUUUUGAUGCUCACUCUUUCGAUGAUCCUGAUCCUGAACCAGAACCUUUAGGAAAGCCAACUUUCUUCCCGAGUUACGACAAUUCACCGUUGUCGUACCAUAAUCCUUCUUUCUUCGAGGAAUCCCAGAAUGUUUCUCCUCCAGUCUAUAGCGAAGAACCAUUUCGUAAAGCCAACAGCCGACCAUCAGCCAAAAUUCCUGCUGAUUAUUACAGUAACGAAGAUGAGAAAGACGACGCUUGGAAAGACGAUGAGGAAGAAGAAUUUUUUCAGCAGCAGGGAAAGUUUCCCAGGUUUGAUGAGUUCGUUAAACAGAUGAUGAGCAUAGGUAGAAAGUAGAAUUUCGCCCACCGUUUUAUUAACGUCUGGUAACAGUAAUGAAAAUUUACUGUUCGAUUAUUACUCGAAUCUUCCCAAAAUAUUCACUAGGUAUUAGUAUAUUGUAAAUUACUUUCUUUGACUGAUUUUUGACUCUCGUCAUCGUAUUUAAUAUUUAAAAUGUGUUAAAUAUACUAAUGUUUAUCGUCCAGA